AUGCUUAUUGAUGGCGAGAAGUGGGCUUGUGAAGCUUGCGUCCGGGGUCACCGUGUUAGCAGCUGUCACCACAAUGACCGCCCGUUGACCCAUAUCAACAAAAAAGGCCGUCCAGUCUCCCAAUGUCCUCACUGUCGCGGCCUACGCAAGUCACGGACAACCCACACAAAGUGCGAGUGUGGUGACAAAAAGAAGAACAGCCACAAAAAUGAUAUAGAUCCCCAUGCUCCUGAGAAGCGGGAUCUGAAGCAGGACUCUCGUCCAAAAUGUGGCUGCAUUCAUGGACAGCGCUGUACCUGUGCGCUGAAGAAGGAACCCCAUCUGGAUACCGUACCGGAGACUGGUGUUCCGCCGGCCGCUCCUCCGUCGGAACAACCUAGGAAACCUCAGUUGACGUCGACCAAGUCGGAGAGCACGCUCACCGUAUUCCGCGAUGGUCACCAUAAGCCUGCCCAUAAACACAAUGACAUGGCUCACAAAUGCGGCUUGCCCUACACGAUCCCGCGUUCUCACACUAUCCAUUCGGCGUCCGAUACUGCUCGCCGGUCGGUAGAUCAUUUGCCCUUGUCUCAAUCUUCGUUCAUGGGCGAAUCGACUGCGAACUCGUCUAAAGAACAACCGCGCACUAGUAUUUAUAGUUUUCAUCGUCGGGUCAAGUCUGAACAUGGGUCUCCAGAAAACGUCCCCGCGGUUCCCUCCGGAGAUGUCCCAACAAACGUCCCCCCACUCGACCUCUCGUCGUUAUUCUCUCAUUCUCAACCCAUGGAGGAUCCCACUCUCGCCACAGUUCCCGCGCCGGUUCCCAUGAGCAUGCCGAAAUCUCUAGACCCGAUCGAGACAAAUGGGCUUUCAUCAUUCUCGCUGCCGUUUUCUGCAUACCCAGCGACGAAUCCUUCUCCUGUCAGCGGCAUGCAAUUCCAAGAUACAUGCCAAGAGCCAUUCUUUACCUCCCCGGAGAAUGAUUUAGCUUUCUGCUCUGCUGCUUUCAACGCUCCGUCGGUUGAUUGGUCAAGCGUCCCAUUGUCAUCAGCCAUGCCAACCACCAGCACCCAGCCUCCUUCGUAUGCCAGUUUUGACUACGGCUCUAUGGCACCAAGCAUGCCAGCACCUUCGUCCUCAGGUGAUGUCUCAGAACUGGAAGAAUUUCCACCGCUUCCUCAUUUGGGGGCCUCUGGCAACGACCUGCAUGAUCUGAACAGUGUGAGUGAGGGUUCGGAUAUUGAUCAUUACCGAAUCAGCUCUGCCUCCUCGUUUAUUGGUCUUCCCCAGGCGCAAAUGCUGUCGUCUAACAACCUGGAAUCCAUUACUAUUGACGAGUUCCUCCAAUCUGCCAACGAAUCGACAGCUAUGCUGGAGCAACAGUUGCAGGUUAGCAUGGGCAUGGAACCCAAAGGGCUUUCACAAGGUGUAUAUGCCAUGCCAGAUACGCAAAACUUUGACAAAUCUAUAAUUAAUGCGGACACCACCUUGCCAAUGACCACUGCCACAACGGAGUCGCUCUGGCCGACGACGAUGUUCGACCCCAACUCCACGCCUUUAGAUGAGAGCAACUUCUUCCCACCGCCAUGGGUGCAAUGAGGACAGCAAGGGCCUUAGAAUCUUGUUUAGAAACUGCGGUUUAUUUGUGCACUUUACCACCACCUCCACACAGUCUGUGACAACACUACAAGUCUUCACGACCCUGAUGAGAGAUGAUGAUAGAUGCCUGAUUUCUACCUUUUGUUCUUUAGCCCAUUGCGAGUGACAUUAUACUACCGUAUAAGAAUCAAUUUACUAAGUGACAAUUUCUACAUUUCUUGAAUAUUUUUGCCUACGCCGUUCUAUGUAUUUCUCUCCUAUCCUUACCCGACAACGGUGUCUGGGAAUGCUGCAUCGUAUAGAAAUUUAGAUAAUUCUAGCAUUUAGAG